UGAGCCUAUAUAUACCUGUCCUCUAGUCCAUUGUUUCCCUACUUCAUCAUCGUCUUCAUCAAAUGAUUUCAUCACGACAUGUCACAUAUUUCCAAGACACUAAUAAAUAGUUGCUAUAUGAGCCUAUAUAUACCUGUCCUCUAGUCCAUCGUUUCCCAACUUCAUCAUCGUCUUCAUCAAAUGAUUUCAUCACAACAUACUGUAGACACCAAAGCAUUCAUUCCAAAGAUGAAUACUCAAGCAAUAUUUUGCUUUAUCUUGGCCCUGCUGGUCUCUGGGGCUCACUCAAGAACAAUCACCAUCACAAACAAUUGUGCAUACACUAUUUGGCCUGGCACCCUAACCGGUGGUGGAGCACAGUUAUCAACCACCGGGUUUAGUUUAGCCCCCAAAGCAACAAAGGCCCUGACCGUUCCUUCUCCAUGGUCAGGCCGUUUCUGGGCCCGAACACUAUGCUCCACUGAUUCCACCGGCAAGUUCAUUUGCGCCACUGCAGACUGUGGCUCAGGCCAAGUCACUUGCAAUGGUAAAGGUGCAGUCCCACCAGCAACCCUUGCAGAAUUCACGAUUGCAGCAAACAAUGGACAAGAUUCCUACGAUAUUAGCCUCGUUGAUGGCUUUAACGUGCCUGUUUCAGUAACCCCGACAGGUGGUUCCGGUAGUAAAUGCACCAAAGCAAGCUGUACUGGGAAUGUGAACGCCGUUUGUCCAUCACAACUACAAGUUAAAGGAUCAGGUGGGAGUGUGAUUGCUUGCAAGAGCGCAUGCGAAGAGUUUAAUCAACCACAGUACUGCUGCACUGGAUCUUAUAAUAACUCUAAUACAUGCAAACCAACCAAUUAUUCUAUGAUUUUCAAAAAGCAAUGCCCUGACGCUUAUAGUUAUGCUUAUGAUGAUAAGACUAGCCUGUUUUCAUGCACUGGUGGGGCUAACUACGUUAUUACUUUCUGUCCUUGA